CAGACCUCGUGAUGGUGGAGAGUGGACAGCGGACAGCGAAGGCGCGUGUGGGCUUUUCUUUUCUUCUCCACAACACGCUCGUUAUUCUCGUAUCUCUGCUCUGCUCGUGCUCGAGCUCUCCCCCACGCUCGCGCUCAGCUCUCCGCCGCCGACGCCUCGUCACUCGUUCACUCGUCACUCUUUAAUACCUUCGACCGUCUCCCCCUCCAUCUCCACCUCACUGUUGCACACGACCCCUCCACCUCCCCGCGCCGCGCUCAACCGCGUACACCCGGCGGACCAUCACUGACCACAACCCAGCGACCUCGCCUGCUCCCCCACGCCUCCGAGCAUCAUGGGCAGCCCCAUCUCGCGACAUCCCCACACCCCAGCUUUCGCCCACGCCCCCGCCUUCCCCGCCCCCGCCUUCCCCCUGCCCGUACGCACAUCAUCUCGACGCCGCCGCCGCGGCGUCCGCAUAUGGCCCCCGCGCAACUUCAUCCGCGUCGGGCUCUUUUUCUCCGCCCUCCUCUUCCUCUUCGCUAUAUGGAGCCUCGCGAGCUCCAAAUGGCGGACGUCACAUACCCCCGCCCGCCCCGCCCGUGUGCGCGCCCAGCGCCCCAUCGUCCCUCCGCCACGUAACGACUCGCGCGCAGAACCACGGCAUCCCGGCGUAUCCCGCAUCCCUCUCGGCCACAGACACGGGUACGCCGAAGCUCCCCUCCCUAGCCUGCGGCAGGCAUUCGACUUCCUCCGCCCGCUCAUCAAUGGCGUGAGGGAUCGCACGCCCGCCGUGCCUGCAGAGCACGAUCUCAUGUCGCCGAUCUUUCCCCCCUUCCUCACCCCCGCCUUGAGAGAGCGAUACGCGCACCUUGCCCCGCGCUUCGAGAAUGGCGCCGUCGUGCCGGGCACAGAGAAGCGCAUCCUCAUGGUGGCCGUGUGCAAGCAGGUCGCCGGCAUGCUGGCCGACUGGUUCGCGACGUACACUGUCCUCGCGGACUUUUUGGGCCCAGAAAGUCUGGUCGUGUCGCUAGUCGAGGGCGGAAGCGACGACGGCUCGGGCGAGCUCCUCGCCGGCGCUCUCCGCGAGCACCUCUUGUUUAUCGGCGUGCCGCCCGAGAACAUCUUUUUGCAGACUAACACGCCGCCUCUCGACUGGGAGCACUCGCACCGCAUCGAGCUGCUCGCGCGGAUGCGCAACGACGCGAUGGCGCCAAUCUUCGAGAGCGAUACGCCGCACGCCGCCCCGGAUGGCAAGGACUGGACGCACGUGGUGUGGCACAACGACGUCUAUUUUGGCGCGGGACAUGUCCUUGAGCUUCUGCACCAGCACGAGACGCAGGACAGCGACAUCACGUGUGGGUGGGACCACGCCGGCAAGUGGUUCUACGACGGCUGGGUCGGACGCGACAUGAGCGGCGACCUGUAUUCGCCUUUCCCCGUUCCGAAGGAAGACGAGGAAAAGCCAGCAAAGUUCUUCCCCUCCUCGCCGGCCACGCGCGAACGGCACGACCGCCUGCUUCCCUACCAAGUCUUCUCGGGGUGGAACGGCAUGCUCGUGAUCAACCCGGCGCCCUUCGCGCCGCCGUACAACGUGCGCUUCCGCCGCGGCAUCCCGCGGCGCCCGGACCAGCGCGAGGGCGAGGAAGAGUGCCAGUCGAGCGAGAGCAUGUUCAUCUCCUGGGACUUCUGGCGGUACGGCUUCGGCCGCGUUCUCACUGUCCCCGGCGUGCACUUGACGUAUGGCAAGGGCGACGCGCGCACGCGCGGGUGGCUCGAGAUGCCGCGCCCCGAGGGGCGGUAUCGCGAGGACGUCGACUGGGUCGACUCGCCGCCGAGCAAGGUGCGCUGCCAUGACUGGCCGGACAAGAUUGGCAAGGCACUCUGGGCGUGGGGCACCGUACGCUGGACUGAUCCACCGGAACUCGAAAUACCCCAUCCCAAUACUCCCAGGCCGCCACCUGGCCGCAAGUCGACGAUUAAGGGAGCCAUCGACGCCGAGACCGACGACGAGACUAAGGCAGAGUCCUCGAGCAUCGAGAGAAGAGAGACUGCCACGGCGCCGAAGGAGAAGGUGACUCCCGCGAUCGUCUCGGAGACGCCGGAGGAGGAGAAGCUCAUCGUGGCGCCCCAGGGUUGGGCGCCUGAUCCCACAUCUUGA